AUUGAGGUAGGCGUGUUUAAACAAAUCGUCAUGACAACAGAGGGCGUGUUUGCUGGUUGUCAGGUUGUCCUUGACCUCAGCACCAGCGUCGGUUUCAAGAAGAAACAGGAAGUCAGAAAAACCAUAACAAACAAUGGUGGAAUUAUUUCCUACAUUGUAUAACAAAGAAGUACUCAUGUUGUGCUCAACGAUCCAGAGAAAGCUGACGUCAGCUACAAAUGUAAAAUGGCCGAGAAAUUCCGAAUCCCAGUGGUGAGCCUCGAUUUUAUAUUUGACUGUGUUGACCAAGGGAAGCAACUCAACACUGAUGAUUAUCUCCUUGUGGGGAAAACAAAGGCUCAGGAAUUCAGCAGCGGCAAAAUAAUGGCUGGAAAAUCAGGACCUAAACCUGAGGGGAAAAAGAAGAAAAUGGUGUCUAGUUUUAACCCCAAGUCUGUGAAAGUUUGGCAGGAGGGGGAUAAAAACAUGCCCCAGUAUGACAAUGGGAGUGAUCUGGCCAAAUUCGCCAUGCUUCAGAAAUAUGACAAGAAGACACAAAUAACCCAGUUCUGUGUGCUGGAGAUUCAUGUAUCAAAAAGAGUUAUUCCCCUUGACAACAAGGAACAGUCUCCUAGGUUUUGUAUCUGUUCUCACCAGGGCAGUGUGCAGGAAGUACAGGACAAGCCAGGUAGUGGCACUAGAGAGUUCCGAUUUGUACAGACGUCAGAGGAAGCCCUGAGUGUGUUUAGCGCCCUCUAUAAACAGAUGACAGAGUCCCCAAAUAGCAUGACUGUCUGUCGGAAACCCCCAUGUCAGCAUAUCGGAUCAAAGAAAUUUCAAAAGAUGAUGGUUGAGUAUGGUAUGGAGGAUACAGAGUUAUCUACCCCUGUGAAGGAGCUGAUGCAUCACAUCUGGCAGGAAGCCGGGGGCGAGAUAGAGGAAAUCCUUAGUAGUCCACUACAAUCACUAAAACUAGACCAGGUUGAGAAGGCGACGGCCAUUUUGUCUGAGAUGAAGGAGAACCAAUCAGAUGAGAGUAAGCUACAGAGUCUGUUUACCGAGUUCUACUCCACGCUCCCCCACAAUCCCCAGCACAAGACCACGACCUUCACCUUGUCAUGGCUGGCCAGGAAACUGGACCUUUGUCAGCUGAUUAAGGACGUGGUGUCCGUGAGUGAAGCUACAGACUGGUCUACAAGGGGGAACACGGAGGCCCAGUACAAAGCCCUCAGAUGUCAGAUAUCUCACGUUCCCGGGGGUCUACCAACACCAGUCAAAAACGUUCUCAAUCUUAAGGAUGAAGAUAAGUUAAAUGUACAGAAUGUUUAUGCCGUUCAUCGUCCUGGUGAGAGUGAGGUGUUCCGGGCAGACUUAAAUUCUAGACUUCUCUUUCAUGCAUCCAAUGUGGAAAACUUUGUAGGAAUUCUCUCCAGAGGUCUCCUGAUGCCAAAGGUCGUCGUCGAUGACUACGGAGGGAAGAGAACAGACCCGGGAAUGCUGGGAAAUGGAAUCUAUUUCGCCAGUUCUGCUAGCACAAGCAUAAAAUACUCAAAGCCAAGUAAAACAAGGAAUACAAGAAUGAUGUUGGUAAACCUGGUGGCUCUGGGGAAUACCCUGGAUGUCUAUAAAUAUCAGCGGGACCUCACAGAGCCCCCUAGUGGCUACAACAGUGUUCAUGGAGUGGCGGCGACGGAGGACUUAGAAUCAGAUUUUACGGAUGAUGAGUAUGUGGUGUACAGUACAGACCAGCAGAUGUUGAGUUAUCUGGUGGAGUUUACCGUGGGAGGGGAGAUACCAGGGGAGUUAUCAAUGGAGGAGGAGAUAGAAAGGGAGACAACUGACUCAGAUACAGAUGUCGAUAUCAGUGAUGUGAAAAAUGUGACUGACCCUCUGACCAAGGUCAAGGUUGGACUGGUUUCCAAUGAUGACACGCCUGUGUCCCUCAUAGAAGCCCACAUCAGAGCCAAACUGAUUGACCUGGCAGGAGAGGUAGUGGUUCUACAAGAGUACCAUAACAGUAGUGACAAAGCUCUGGAAGCAAAGUACGUCUUCCCUCUGGAUGACAUGGCCGCCGUCUGCGGAUUCGAGGCUUUCAUUAACGGUAAACACAUCAUAGGGGAGGUGAAGGAGAAAGAGACCGCCCACAAAGAAUACAAACAGGCCAUCAAAGAGGGGCACGGGGCGUAUCUAAUGGACCAAGAUGAGGAAACGCCAGAGGUAUUCACAGUGAGUGUGGGAAACCUCCCCCCUAAGGCUACCGUCAUCAUUAAGAUAACCUACGUCACAGAGCUGCAGGUCGACGGGGAACUCAUCAACUUCCGACUCCCAGGCAGCGUGGCGCCAUGGAAACAGAAGUAUGUCGACGCCCCAGAAUUCAAAGACAAGGACUGGGAUACAGUACAGGUUGAGGACACAGACUGCAGUGUACAGGUUUAUGUUGACAUGCCUUUUGACAUCAGAAGUCUGGAAUGUCCUACUCACAAAAUUCUUGUAAAGAGAACGGCCACUAAAGCCACGGUCGAGAUGAAGGAGGACCAGACAAUAGAAGAUGGCUUCCAGCUUCUGAUUGGUCUAGCUGAGAUCCACGUACCCAGGAUGUGGGUGGAAUCCGACGAAGGCCAAGAUUCACAGGCCUGUAUGCUGACCUUUUACCCUGAGUUUGAGGCGGAGGAGGAGUCAGAGGUCGAGGUCAUUCUGAUGAUUGACAGCUCCAACUCCAUGAAAGGCUCCGCCCUCCAACAAGCCAAGAAAACGGCUCUCCUGACCCUACACCUCAUGGAGUCCAGCUGGAGAUUUAAUGUGGUGUCUUUUGGAACAGCUUUCCAAGAGCUUUUCCCGUCCAGCCAGCUGGCCAGUAAAUUUAACAUACAAUCAGCAAAACAGUUCAUACAGAGGCUGCAAGCAGAGGAAGGUAACACAGAACUUUGUCGACCUUUGAACUCUUACUACCUCCUAAAACCAGAGAGUUACACUAGGAAUAUCUUCCUGAUCUCUGAUGGCCAUAUUAACAAUGAGGAGACAACUCUGUCCAAAAUCUCCCAAAAUUACCAGCACACCAGAGUCUUUACACUAGGGGUCAGCUCUGUGGCCAAUCGUCACCUACUGAAAGCUGUGGCCAGAGUAGGAGCAGGGUCAUUUGAGUUUUACGACUCCAAAUUCAAAUCCAAGUGGGAGGAAAAGGUCAAGUCCCAGUUACAGAAAGCUGCCCAGCCAGUGCUGACCUCUGUAUCUGUUGAUUGGCGCCAUGACGACCAGCACCCUGCUCCCAUCCAAGCUCCGCAGCAAAUAACCGCCCUGUUUAGUGGGUCCCGACAAGUCAUUUAUGGCUUUGUGGACAACUGUUACAUGGCAACUCUGAAAGCAGAGGUUGGAGGUCAAGAGAUAUCAACAGUUGUGUCGACCUCUGACCUUAGUGUCACAAAGGGCAAGAUGCUGCAUAGGCUGACUGCCAAAGGGGUAAUCAGAGAUUGGGAAGAUGGAGUUCUCUCCCCUGACAGAACAGGACAUGAGGUGAGGAAAAUGAACCUGAAGCAGUAUAUUAUAGAGCUGAGUAAGAAGUAUACCAUCGUCACGUCACUCACCAGCUUUGUCGCCAUCGAGAAACGAGAAAAGGAUGAGGUGAUUCCAGAGGAUGCUCCAGACGUCUGGGACCUCCUGGAAAACGAGGACGUGGAUCAGCUGAAAUAUUUAUCCUGGGAAGGAGAGGAGGAUGAGAGUUCAAGUGAUGAAGAAGAGAUGGAAGAAGAAUAUUCGUCCGCCGAGGAAGGAUCGGGAACAGGAGAGGAAGAGGAAGAAGAUUUCGAGGAAGAAGGAGUAAAAAUGAAAUUUUAUCGUCGCAGUGCAGAGGAGGAGGUUUGUCCAGAUGAUCUCGAGGUUUAUGAAGAAGCAUAUGAAGCCUUUGAAUGUGCAGAACCUGCUUCCGAAGAAGAAGCUAUGGACGUUGAUGAAUUGUGUUUGGAGUCUGAGAUUGACGAUAUCCACUCUAAAAUGAAAGAAAAUGUAGAAAAAGUACUAGAGAGGGGUGAAAAACUAGACAAUUUAACUGAGAAAUCACAAACACUUAUGGAUGCCUCCCCUGUUAUCAUGGACAUGGGUUCACUGUUUAUGAAGGCGGGGUUUGCUGGGGACGACGCCCCCGAGCAGAAUUUGAGACAACCGUUGGACGUCCUCGACAUCAGGGCGUGAUGGUCGGCAUGGGACAGAAAGACUUGUACGUCGGAAAAGAGGUCACAGGAGCAAAACCUGUGUUAGGAAAAGUAUUGGAAAAGCUUUCUUCAUCUUUGGAAGAAUCUGAUGAAGAAGAUGUAGACAUGGGAUUUAGUCUUUUUGAUGAUGAUGAUGAGUCAU